AUGGUUUCCACGCGAUCACUCUCGUGGACGUGCGUUCUCGUGCAACUCGUUUUGUCGUGUGCGUGCUUGUUGGGCUCGUUGGGUGUGAUUGCUGCGAUUCUCCAAAGCAAGAGCAUCUAUCCGGAAAGAGAUGGAACACCGAGCAUCGAAUGGUGGCUGCUUUCGCUUUUGUGCCUUUUCAUGAUCGGCGCCUCGAUUUUGGCGAUGUUCGGGUUGGCGGCAAAGAACACGCAACUCAUUGUACCGCAUAUCGUUUUGCUGGGUCUGUGUUCGGUUUUUGUCGGUUGGUGUCUCUAUCUCGUUUUCUCGCAAGCCGAUCCAUCAAAUUUCAAUUGGUGGCUUUCUUUGGGUGCUUUGUCGACAGCAGAGAUCUUCGUUGGCAUUUCAUUGCUUUUGGAGGUGAAAGUCGCGUUAACAGUCACU